GGAAGCUGGCCGGAAGUAGGAAGUAGAGGCGAGUCAACUCAUAGUUCCCUCCAUUUCGGCGGGUGUUUCGCGUGACUUCAAAGAUCGUAAGCUGUUUUCAUAGUUUCAACUCUUUAGACUUUACAGCAAAAAGCUUUAACUUUGCUUUUGGCCUAGUCUAUACUAACGUGCUGCUAGAUUAUUCGAGUGUAUUGGGAUAUUCGCCAGUAUGUCACUAAGUCUGAGCGAGGUACAUGGCACCUUGUCCAGCCUCAAGUCCUGUCAGGUCGACCUCUUGACGGGGAUGGACAUCGUCACCUCAGUGGCCAUGGACCUGGCGGAGGACCUGGACGGAGAGCGGGACCCUGAAAUUGACAAGAUGGAGGCCUUAAUGCUGGAAUGUGCCAAGCUGGAUCGAGAGAUUGACAGCUUAGUUGACAUUGUGCAACAAGUCACAUCAGAUGUUGCUGCACUGCAACCAGAGGACUUGUUCGGUCUCUCCUCCAAAGUCAAGGAAAGUGUUGCUACGAGAAUAUCCACACUGUCUGAUGAAGAUCUGCAGAAUCACCAGAAAGUAGUGACUUUUAAGGACAGCAUCAAGAGCUGUUCCAACCAAGCCGACCAAGAACCAGAACACACGGAGGAUCUUGAUGAGGACGUCGCUGUAACACAGACCCAAAUAAACUUCACAUGCCCUCUCACCCAGGUGGAGAUGGUCAACCCGAUGAAGAAUAAGAAGUGUAAGCACCACUACGAUGAAGGUGCCAUCAGGGGCCUCAUUGAAACAAGACACAACCAGAAGAAGAAAUGCAUCUGUCCUGUGGUGGGCUGUGGAAACACAGACGUGAAAUUGUCAGACCUGCUACCCGACCACACUCUGAGGAGACAGAUCCAGAACCACAAGCAGCAGAAUGGCCGCACGUAGAACUCAGCACUUUGAUCAGGAACAUUCAUCGUAUUCAUUUUGUUGUUGUUAUGCUUUAACAAAGAGGCACACUGUUGCUAUGGUUUUCAUUAUUGUCGCCACAAAUGCAUCGAGGUUGUUGAGCAGCAUUUGCUUGUUUUUUCGACAUAUUGCUUUUAUGGAAUUGUCUUUCUGUAUAAAAACGUUGUGUAUUUUCAGUAUUGUUGAGUUAUAAUUAAAGCUUUAGCUUUAUAGUUGUACAAAGCAACAGAAAGCAAUCCUCCAGGGUGAUGAUAGAGGUUGCAUGACUCUAUCACGUCACUAAGUCAGCCACUAGAGGGCGACGUCUGCGUGACGACAGCAAUGCCACAAGGACAGAGUGGCACAUUUCCCAUCUCCAAUGUUUGCUCUCCACUACAGCCUGGAGUAAUUGUGUCUGUUUGUAGGUUAGUGCUGCUUGAGGAGUGUGGGAGGAGAAAACAAAUCAGGCUAAUAGGACACUUGAGAACAUGAACAACCAGAGUGGUGAGUGGCUCCGAGAAGGAUGCAUGACCCAAAAUGUGAAGGAACGUUUUGUUUUGUUUUGUAUUUGUUCUAUUUGAUUGUACAAAGUAUCUGUAGAUAUGAUUCUUUGCUCUUUUUGAUUACACCUUUAAAGUGCGAAAACAUGGUCACAUGAAUGACAAACGUUUUGUAACCACACACAUACAAAGUAUGCGGUCAGAUCCUCGGCCUCUUAAGGUCCUUUGUGCUACAUCGUAACAAACAAAGGCUGUGUUGAGAUGCAACUUACGUCAAGCUAAUCUUUUAAUGACCUUGCAUGAGGCAUUUUUAGGGGUAUUUUCUCAUGCUUUACACAGCGCUAGGAGUAUGGAGUAGCAAGACAUCAGUCUAUGUUGCAUGCCGGGUUGCUGAUUCAUUUCUCAGAAUUCAGUUCUUGUUCUCACACGUGACAGGAAGCUUUUUGUGGCGUUAAGUUGACACGUGACAGACAAAAGUCAACUUCUUUAAUGUUUGUCUUAGUAAGACAUGGACACCAAAUCGGUUCAUAAAAGCAUGUUGGGAUGAGUUUCAUGUACAGGAACAUGCAUGGAACCCUGACCUCAAGCCCAUCAAAACAGCCUAUACUCAUUGUUGUGUAAUGGGGAUAAUGGGUAUAAUGGACCCCCUAUGUACUUUGUUUCUGCACUGUAAAAAAAAAUCCAAGUUGACUCAACUUAAAAAAAAAUUGGAACAUUGCUGCCUUAAUAUUUUGAUUAAAUCUAGCAAAUUAUUUCAGGUAAUUUCAACUCACAAUUUAAAAGACCAAGCUCACGUGACUUAUUGCUUUGUUUUGGAACUUUCUGUAUUAGGUCAAAUUAAUAUUUUUGUUGUAUCAACAAUAGAACUCAAGUAAUCUCAACUCACUUUUGAUUUAGUCUAACUAGUUAUUUCAAGUAAAUUCAACUCACAAUUAAAUUGAAAAAAUUUGUUAACCAAAUUAGCGCGCUGACCUCACAGCUAGGAGACAAGGGUUCAAUUCCACCCUCGCC